CGGUAAGGUCUAAGCCAGCCCCUAGGGCGGCGAAUUAAGAAAAAAAAAUAGGAAGAAAACAAGAAGGAAAAUAAUUAAUAGUCGUAAUUCGUAAAUUCCACUUGCUUUUUUAAAUUUAUUGAAAAUGAAAUAGUGUAUUUAUAUUACUUUACAUUGUUAAUGAAUUAUUGUAUAAAAUAUACAAAAACACUUCAGUCAUACUUGUGCUCGAAAAUGGAUAUUUUACGGCACUUUCAGACAAUUCCUUGGUGCAAGCCAGAUUGGUGCUACCCAUGCAUGGGUAAGGAGAUGAAUGAACUGUUAAAGCAGUGCAUUGAUAUACCACCUUUUCAGCCAAUUGAUGAUAUUGAGAUAAUAUCAGGAAGAAGCAAACAGUUCCCAAUCCCGUUCCCUGUUGAUACAAUGAGAUUGGAAACAUUAAAAAAGACAAGGCCAAUAGAACGACUGAAGAGUAACAUAGUAUCAACAUAUCCAAUUGUGCACGAAAGAGUUUUGCUAUUGAUCACACAUUUUAUUAUCUAUAAAAGGGAAUUUGGAUCACCAAUGGAGAAGGCUUUGUACUCAAACAUGUCUAUUCCAGAGUUUGUCGACAGAUUGUUGAAGAAGAGAGCAGUUACUUUUAUGGGCAAAAGGGAUACAUAUAAACUGCUUACUGGUGAAACUGACAACGACGGGUGGGAACAAGUGGGUACAUUUCACCAAAAACCACCAUUAGAGUUUGAUAAAUGCCUGAGCUAUGACGAGAUAAAGCUGUCCGCUAUGUUGUAUGUCAGUGGACAUACUGAAUGUAUCAAUGAUGGUAACCGAUGUAAUGCUGGUGUUGUUGAUGAAGAUAAUAUUGAGGAAAAUGCUGUCAUUAUUGGUCUAAUCGGCCCGCGUUUUGAACGUAUCAGACGCAUGGACUACGAAGACAUACUUAUAACGGAACAACAAAACACCAUAGACAAUGGUUACGGAGAGGAAGUUACACCGACAACAUGUUUGAAUGUUCUGAAGACGACAUAUGUUAGGAACAACCAGUCGGCCAAACACAUGUGGAGGCAGAUUUGGGCCGAGUUCUAUCAAGUACACAGCUAUACAUACAACGAAUUGGCUUCAAACAUACCGGACAAUUCUGAAGACGAGUACCUACAACGAUAUGUAAGGCUAUCUUCGGACAUAUUCGACAAUGAAGUGUACUACAAGCGUGUGAGUGUAUUGGCGGAGUCAGCGCUUAUUGAAGGAGAUACGAGGGGUAGGGAGGCGGGGAGAGAUGUGUUUCUGAAUGUUAUAGGAUGUGGUCUCGGCGUGUGGAAGAAAAGUCCGCACCAAACUGAUGUGUAUGUGCUGACUUUCUUGGAACGAAUCCGCGCUCUAUUGAAGCGGGAUUUGCUGAAUCAUGUUUCGGAUGUCAACUUUUCUUACAUCAAACCCGCGAAGGGUGUUUCGGAUCUAUUUACGAAUCGAACCGAAUCGGGAAAGUCAUCGAAAGAGAAACGAAUAUUCUUUGAAUGUAAAAAACAUCCCAGAGGUGGUAUAAACGUUCAAAUAGAGAAGCGGGAACCAUCGGCCAAAUUGACUGGCGAGCACGCGGGGAAACUAUUAGUUAUGACAUAUCCGUGGGACGGUAAUGCACAACCAGGGAAUGAGUUCUGGAUGGGCAGUUUAAAAGGUUCUGGUGACCCGGCUGCGGCCUGUUCGACUCAAGUUGCCGAGUUACAUAACGCCCAUAUCAACCCGGCUGUUAGUGGCUAUAAUUUGCGAGUUAUAGGACGAAGUGGCCUUAAAACAUUGUCGGAAUACUGCUUAGCUUUGACGUCAUAGGUUAUUUAGUUGCGGGUUAUAGGCAAACUGGUCUUAAAUUAUUGUCGCGAUAUUGCCUAUUUUAGACGUUAUAAUAUUUUCGUUGAUGUUUAUUGUAACUAAAACGCUGAUGUUCAUCGGGAUGCAAGUGCUUUUAACUAGCGAGUUAAAAUUGUAGCCUUAAAUCAUUGCCGAAAUAUUGCCUGUUUUAGACGUCAUAUUUUAGUUGAUGUUUAUUCUGAGUAAAACGCUGAUGUUCAAAGGGCAAAGUGGCCUUAAGAUAUUGCCGAAAUAUUGCCUAUGUUAGACGUCAUAUUUUGGUUUAUUUAUUGUGAGUAAAACGCUAAUGUUUAUCGGACUACAAGUGCCUUUAACUAGCGUGUUAAAGGGCAAUUGGUUUUAACUAGUUGAAUUAUAAAACUUGGCCAGGAUCAUGGAUCAGAAGUUGGGAAAUACCUUUAUUUGACUGAUGUGACGACUGGGACGAAACUGUAUAAAAACAUGCGGGCAGAGAAGUUGUAUGAUAAUACCUUCCUAGCAAGGUUAAUUAGAUAGAAAAACAUCCGUGACAGCCUUUUAAUAUUCAAAUAGCUCUUCGCAGUCUAUUUGUAAUUUUUUUUAAGUGUCAUGAAAUAAUUUUAUUUCUCCUCGUAGGUUUAGUAUAGAGCACUAUGUAUACCAUUCGGGGACAGUAAGAUCUCACUACUCGAUUGUAUUUUGAAGCCCUCGGCUUCGCCUCAUCGCUAACUUUCUGCCCUUGAUGAAGGGUGUUCUAUUCUGUAUAGCCCUCAGGGGACAUUUGUGAUGCUAUUAUAUAAAUCUAAUGUUAGUAGAGGUAUGUAUACUGCACUAAAUGUUAAUGCGCACAUGUAAUAUUAUAAGGAAUAUUGAAGUUAUAAAGACUGACAUAUAUAUAUGGUAGCUGUUAUAUUGUGGGUAGUUGUAGAUUAGUAUGACUUAGAAAUUAAUAUAUAAUUAUAAUUGUUAACGUAUUAAACAGUUAAUUUUAGUAAUAAUAAUUAUUUGUUACAUCGUAAUCAUAGAAUAUAUACCACAGAGUAGAGCGGUGGCUGGUGCAAGUAAGUUGGGCAAUCUUUAGAAUAAUCUUUUUAAAAAUACGUACGUAGGGGUAUACAGAUGUAUAAUGAAUCAAUGAUACAUAACGUGAAAUUUUGUGUAUAAUUAAAAUAAUGGGCCAAAAUGAUGAUAUUGGCAAGUUUCUCGUAAUUUUAUUGAGAUAGCUCAAAAUAAUCACAACAAAGAACUCACUCAACGAUCUGUCAACAAAAUGGCGCUUCAAUAAGAUGGCGGCGUUAGUUCCGAUUUUCGCCACGUGCCAAAAGAUCCUUGUAGCACUGUAUUCAUGGACUACAUACUUAAAUAUUAACGGCCUUACAAAUAAACUUGGUAUAAAGUUAUAACUGAUGAUAAACAAAGAAAAUGCAAAAUGUUUACAAUAUCGUUGACAACACUGUCAAUACAAUGAUAAUUCUGAAGUUUUCUGAAUGACAAGCUGCCUUGCAAAUAAACGCGGGAAAUAUUAUACGUCCGAACAAACCAUUCGUAAGCAAAAUGUCUAUUUGUAAACAUUUGACAUAUUCUUGGUUUAUGCUUGGUUAUAACUUUAUGCCAUCUUUAUUUUAUUUUUAAGGCCGUAAACAUAAUAAUUUAUUUUGUUAUUGUUGUUUGUAUUAAAUUUGGUACAAUUAUAAUUAAGUAAAAGUAUAUUUUGGUGAAAUAUACGAACAAAGUAAAUACAAAAAUAACGAAAUGGGUUGUACCAUUAUGAAUUGAUCAUAAAGAUAGUCGGCUGCAAUUCUACAUACUAAAUAUUCUCAAGGAAAUUCCUUCAGAAGGAAAUUUGGUGCUUCAAAUUUGGAUUUCCAAAAUCCGUACAUACUUAUAUAAUUAUUUAUGUUACUCUUAUUUUCUUUGAUGAACAAGAGUGUUACACAUUUAAAUAAAACACUAUAUAUUGUGUGUAUUUGAAACUAUUGUCGGGUUCACAAAAUUAUUAAUAAAAAUUUAACUUUUACGUAAAAUCUAAUGUAAAGACUUCUUUUUAGAUGCUACACUCAACUAACAUUUUUAAAUAUAAUUUUACUUAAUUUUAUUACUUUUUAACAAUUUCAAUUAUUUACAUAUCAAUCUACCGUCAUUGUGUAUAUAUUUUUUUUUAUUAUAUAUAUUUUUUUGACUUGUUAUUAAUUAUUAUUUGUACGCCACAACAUGCGGGCAUGGAAUAGAGAACUUUUAUUGUGAUUUGUAACAUCUUAUGUAUACCCAUGACUACAAAUAAAUGAUCUUAUUUUAUCUUUAAAAAAAACACAAUUACACGCGUUUUAAUCCUUUAAAAAGUAUUUUAUUAUAUUAAAAAAACUCUAUCAAGAGUUACUGGGAUUAUGUUGUCCAUGCAGUCAUCUGUUAGUAGUAGACUUGGUAGGUACCAACUGAAAAUCAUGUUUUAUUUGGGGUUACCCUAAUCUUAAUUCCAAAUAUGCUGAGUGGGUGUUGGUGACUUACCCCCUUAUUCAUAAUAGUCUGCUAACUUAAAGAAUGCUUUAAGUUAGCAGACUUAUGAAUAAUUUAGCAAUGGCUAAUUCUCACUCUGUCUUCUUCUAUUCACCUAAGUCAGAAUGAGAAAAAACUAAAACGAAAAACAUAAGUUAGUGGCCCAUUAUGAAUAAGGGGGUUAUUCUUAUUAUUUUGUAAAUUGUAUUGUGUAUUAGGUAAGUCCGGAUAACUAAAACGCAAAAACAACUGAAUUAUCCAGACUUACCGUAAUACACUGUAUGUUGUGAUAACUUUGUAUCACGAAUAAAUACUUUUUUAAUAAUAAAUAUUAUAUUUCCCUAAUGUGGGGUUGACAUAUAACAGAAAAUUGUUACUACUGUUAUACAUACGUACGUGUUUUUAUAAAGAUUCCAGUCUUCCCUGCAUAAAAUGGCUUUACCAAUGCUAAGGGUAGCCAUAUCGAAUAAAAUAUUUAUAUUUAGUGCCCAUACUCAAGUGAAUAUGUACCUACAUUGAUAUUGUAAGUUUCGUUAAGAUUACAGUACUUCAUAAAGACAA